AUUAAAUCAUACACAGAACGUUGUACAAGGUCGAGGAAAGUGGUCGUAAAUAAUAUGUACCAAAUAUUACAGUUGUUAGAGACGAUGACAAACUCAGCCGUAUGAGUAGCCGAUGUUAUAAGCGGUCAUUCUCCUGGUCAAUGUAUUUUGCAGAAAGAUUGAUCAGGCAUUGUAUUGAUGCAAAAAAUACAGAUUUAUUCAUUACUGACUAGUUCUUGCAUGGAGCUUCCCUUCCAAAAAGGUAAGAAAAAAAAGGUAGACAUAAAGAAAUUCACGUGCGAAUCAAGAAACGUGAAAUCUUAUAAUUCUUAAUUCUACGUUUCAAGAUCAUCAUAAUGUAUUCGGAAUUCCCAACGUAUGCCGUAGUGAUCGCCGGUAUAGUCGUCACUAUCGUCAUGUUUAGCGCCAUACUCGGAAACGCUUUCGUCAUUCUGGCGUUCAUCAGAGACGAAAAGUUACGGAUAGUGUAUAAUGUCUACUUGGUCAAUCUGGCCUUAACAGACUUGUUACUCGGCUGUAUUAGUAUGCCUCUUUUCGCCGUAUAUACAUUGAACUCAUACCGAUGGAUAAUGCAUAGAUAUGUAUGUACACUCUUCAUGACUAUCAACGAAGUUCUCUGUUGUGAAGUUGUCAUUAUGAUGGUGAUCCUAAGCUGGGAUCGUCUCAAGCUCCUGACUCAGAAAUUGGAAUAUAUGCAACAGCAGACAAUUCGUAGAGCUCUGAUGAAAGUUGUUGUUUCUUGGAUAUUAUCGUUUCUUGUUCAUGGACCUGUACAUUUUGUAUUUCAUUCAUCAGAUCACGAACACUCCCAUUCCAAAUGCAGUGCUGUAUACCAUGAACACAAGAUGUACAGUUCGAUAUUGACAGUAAUACAAUUUACCGUUCCCUUCCUCUGUUUAUGCAUAAUCAACUCAAUGAUUUUCCAAAAGGUCAGAGUUAGAAUCAAGAGACGAGAAGCAGCCCGCAAUAGGAUGACUGGUUAUCAUGGAGUUCCAUCAACGAACAAUUUGAACGCCCUUACAGCGGUUGUUGAUGAGCUUACAAAUACAAGAAGUCUCACGAAAGCGUCCGGUGCAAAACGAGCACUCAGAACCGCUAAAAACUUAGCGUUGCUCGUGUUUGUUUUCCUAGUCACUUGGGCACCAUACUCAUUAACCUACUUUGUGGACACGGUUUGCACAACCUGUGUUAACGAACAUGUAACCACAGUGAUGUUGUGGGUUCUAUGGUCUAAGUCUGCGAUGAAUCCAUUUCUAUAUAACUACAUGUCGCCUGGAUUCAAAGAGAAUUUCAAAGCUAUGAUUAAGUGCCAGUGCAAAAGACAGCAAUAGGCUAUGUAUAUUCGGCACUUACAUAUUGUUCAAAUAAAUGUAAUAAUGGA